UAAACCGAUUCAUCGUAGAUUUUGGCGAUUUCUAAUGUUAUCGAACGAGCUAUAAAAUUGCGGUAUUUGCAUUCAUCAUCGCUUCGAACGCAAAAGCGAUGAACAGCGAUCUGAAGAGCAAAAUUGAAGCCUGCUGUCGCACGGCUGAAGACUUUACUCGACUCUACUAUGCAACCUUGGACAAUCGGCGAGCUCAGAUGGGUCUCUUGUAUUUAGACGGCGCAAACUUAAGCUGGAACGGCAAUGGCGCACAGGGUCGUGAGACAAUUGAGAAAUUCUUGAAGGAGUUGCCAACGUCGCGCCAUCAGAUGACAACGCUGGAUGCGCAACCCAUUCUAGAUCCCUCAGUAGGGGAGCAGAGAACAUAUACGAUAUUGGCCAGUGGAACGGUUAAGUUUGCUGAUCACCCCGUGCGCAAUUUUCAGCAAUCCUUUCUGAUAACCGCCGAAAAUGACAAAUGGAAAAUAUUCUCGGAUUGUUAUCGCAUACAGGAGCCAUUUUAGUUAGUAGCAAUUUAAUGUUAAUAAAUAAAUUAGAUUUACAGAAAAA